CUGUCUGAACAUUUGGAUGCAGCAGGUUUAAAAUGAGCGUCGACAAAAAACCAGAUCAAGAAGAGGAGUUCCCGUUUCUCAAAAAUGGAAAAUUGGCUAAGGAAAAGCCGCACAAGGACAUAAGAUGUGGCUUUUGGAUAUUCAAGGGACCCUUUUUGCAAAGAUUGGCUACCGAGAAGGCUUACGUCUUGAUCUACGGCUUGGGGGGCUGCCUCAUGUCGAUGUCUAUCGCAUACUUUACGGGCACCCUAACGACCUUGGAGAAGCGCUAUAAAAUACCAACGAAACUGUCUGGCCUUAUCAUAGUUGGCAAUGAUGUAAGCAUGAUGAUAACUUCGGUGCUUGCGGGCUAUUUUAUACAUAAGGGGCAUCGUGCACGCUGGAUUGGAUUUGGAUAUUUUACGGUUAUCAUAUUCUGUUUGCUAACUAGCUCGCUGCACUUUAUAUACGGCCCUGGCGAGGACGCCUUAAAACUGACCCGCCAAUUUGGUGAUUAUGAUAAUAGCAGUGAUUUCAUGAGUAUCGCGCAUAAGGACCACAAACUGUGCAUGACCACAGAUCCAGGUUGCAUUGAGCAGGAUGGUACUUGGGUGCCGCCAUUGGUUAUGUUUAUUGGACAGUUUAUAGCUGGCAUUGGAAUAUCCCUAUUCUGGACAGUGGGCAUUGCCUAUAUGGAUGAUAACAUCUCAAAGGAAAAAACACCUGCCAUGCUGAGCAUAUCCGCUUUUCUACGCAUGUUAGGUCCGGCCAUUGGAUAUUCAUUAGCUUCAGUAUGCUUGCGUGUGUAUAUAGAUCCGGAAUUGGACCCGCUUAUCCAACCCGGGGAUCCCAGAUGGCUUGGCGCCUGGUGGAUCGGUUUCCUCGUUUUGGCUGGUGUAACAUUUAUUUUUGCCUUUUUAAUGACUAUGUUCCCCAAGGAGCUGCCCAGUGCCAAGGUGAGACGCAUAAAUUUAGAAGAAUCUGGCAUGCAGGAUCCGAAGGAACACAAAGAUCUCUCAAUAAGUGACAUGGUGCGAUCUAUAAGACGCUUGGUUACUAACAAAGUGUAUAUGUACAACACAUUCGCAUCCAGCUUUUACCUAUUCGGUUAUUUUGCUUAUUGGAUAUAUACACCGAAAUAUAUUGAGACCCAGUAUCGACAGUCGGCAUCAGUGGCGACAAUGGCCACAGGAGCCAUAGCAUUGGGAUUCUCUGCUGCGGGCGUACUUAUCUCUGGCUUUGUUGUGUCCAAGUAUAAGCCAAGUGGUCGUGCAAUGGCUGCUUGGAAUGCGUGCGUUGAUUUCCUGACCGUUGCUGGAAUUUUGUGCUAUGUGGUUAUUGGCUGUGAGGGCAGCGACAAGUUAAGCUCCAUGGCGGUGACCAGUGCAGAUAACUGCAGUGCCUCCUGCCACUGUGAAUAUGUACACUAUGCCCCGAUCUGCAGUCCCAACAAUGACACCUACAUAUCCGCAUGUCAUGCCGGCUGUACCGACAAAGUCAAGGAUCAAUUAGGACGAACUUUAUUUACUGGAUGUGCUUGUGUAGCACCCUCGAACUCAACUGGUGUUCCAAAUUUACGGUAUGCUGUGGAUGGUGCCUGUCCGGUUGAUUGCACCAAAGAGUUUAUAAUCUUUUUGGUGGUCAUGUGCCUGCUUAAGCUAAUUGGGUCUUCUAGUAAAUCCACAAGCCUGCUAAUAUCACUGCGUUGUAUAAAACCAGAGGAUAAAAGCUUGGCCUUGGGACUGGGCGGCUUAAUCAGCUCCCUUUCAGCCUUUAUACCCAGUCCGAUUUUCUUUGGCUGGCUUUUGGAUAAAUACUGUUUGGUGUGGGGCAAAACAUGCAGCAAUAAAGGCAAUUGUUGGUUAUACGAUACGGAAUCAUUAAGAUAUGCAUUCAAUUUGACGACUGCGCUUUUCAUAUUUUUGGGAGGCAUCUUUAACGUUCUAGUUUGGCAUCAUGCUGAAGACCUUAAAAUCUUUGAUGACGAGCCAAGCGAAUCUAACAAGGCAGAUGAUAAAGUUGAUAAUAUCAAGUUGAACACCAAAGGUGAAGACGUUAAAAUAUCCGAGAAAUUAGAAAACUCUUAAGAAAAAUACAUAAUUGAAAAUCCUAUUGAACUCUAUGAGUCGAAUUAAACAUUUUGAAGAAACAAGAAAAAA